UGUUUCAACCUUCAAUUUCUAUUCAGGCUUGUCUUUUGUUUAGGUGGCUUGAAAUACGCUUGGAACUGGAACACAUAUGUGACACUCAUCUUGCAAGUUAUUAUAUGUACAGGCUUCAUCAUAAUUUGCCUUAGAACAUGCUCUAAAACACAGCUUAACGUUGCAAAAGUCCUGACAGUUUUGUAUGCUGCUGUAAUGAUUGGGGUCGUGAUAGGAACUGCAAUGAAGAUCUCAUUUGAAGUUCAUGAUGAGUCAGGAUCUGAAACAAACUUUAUAAGCGACAGAAUCAGAGUAUCAACAACCACAGCGUACCUUUCUACAGUUGUCGGGGUUUUUGUUCUCACAGCAAUACUGCACUUAAAAGAAUGUAUCUACCUUUUGCAUGGAAUAUGGUACCUUUUAUGUCUACCUGCCGGAUACUUGCUGUUAAUGAUAUACAGUGUCUGCAACAUAACAGACAGAUCAUGGGGAACAAGAGAAGAAAAUCGUGGGUCUGAUAUUUCAUUCGUUCAGCAGUUUUGGUGUUCUCUAAUCACAAAGAGAUUCAAGUCUUUAUGUUGCAACAUUUCGACUGAAGAAAUGACCAAUCAGGAGCUACAACAAGAUGAAUCUGACACUACAGCAGAACUAACAGAUGUAUUGGUUGGUGAAACAAGAGGAGUAGAUUCAAAACGGAGUUCAUCUGGAGUGGAUGAUGCAGGCCGGAGUAGCUACACAGGAGUUAUGGAAGUUAGUGAUUGGUUACCGGGCAAUAUGAAAAGGUAUACCGAUUUGUUUAUUCGGAAGGGCUAUGAAAACACGAUUUUCAUCAGUUCAAUGACAGACAAAGAUCUCCGUAAAAUUGGAAUAACAGCCGACAUUGACAGAGUAGCAUUACUGUCGCAAAUACAGAAUUUACCAGCAUUUGAAAUACCUCUUUCGGUUCCUACUAACUUACCCAGAUGGUUAGAGGAAAUUGGACUUAAACGGUACAGUCGACAAUUUAAAAAUGGCUCAUUUGACACCAAAGAUGUUAUUGAAAGGCUAAAAAUGUACGGAAAGGAUCAAAUAAAAGCCGAACUAAGGAUAACAAAAAGAGGACAUGUCAAACGCGUAUUGUACGCGAUAGAACAAAUGCGUGAACCGUCAAACAGAGAGAAGAAAAUUGAAAAAGUAAGAAAAGACAUGAAAACUGUGCACUUUGGUGAAAUGGUAAAUAACAAGGAGAAGCAAUUCUGGAUUAAGCUUAUUGAUAAGUGUCUUCACCCACAAUCAUGCGCAUUUGGGUCAGAUAAAGUAUUAAAAGAGAAACUGUGCGCCCUACGUAACACAUGGUUUAUCGUCUUUGUUUUGUCAAAUAUUUUGUGGUUGAUACUGAUAACGACUUUGUCUGAGGAGGGAAACUUACUGGGUGUGUUUGGAAGCAAUCCUGUUGGUUUUAUGGUCGUGCUACUCUUUGGCUUCAUUCUGAUAGUACAAUUUUUGGCAAUGAUAAGUCAUCGAUUCUCUACAUUGAAACAUUAUCUAGCAAGAGCACCGUACAUCUGUGGGAGCGGCAAUAAUUUGGAGUGGUAGUAUAACAAAAAAGGGAGCAAAGCAUACAAGCAGGUACCGAAGGUAAACAAGAUUAGUAUCGUAUCGAUGAUGAACACACAGAGGAUUCAACCAGUGACGAAACAACAUUAUUGAUCAAGACAAAUGCCAGUGCAAAAACAAAGGGAAAAAGAUCAUGAACAGUAUCAUAGAACUGAUAAAAUCAUUACUUUUAAUUGCUUGAUAUGUUCUGGCAUUUUGGUAUACAUGUAACUCUGCUGAAAGAUUGGGGUUAUAUUUUAUGUGUUAAACACGCGCAACAGAAUAACAGUAUUCUACUGUAUUUCCAUAAUAACUGUGUUUUUAGUUGAUUUGUAUGAAUAAAAUGAAAAAUACAACAAUCUCCAUACAAAAUAACAGGAUAACCAGACAAUGUGUUUAAUGUCUAAAUAUUUAAUUGAAUAAGUGUAGCAGUAUGCUUAGUAUUUGAUAUAGUAAGAUAAGUUUAGAUAACAUUUUAUUUUGUCUACAGAGUAACAUAAUUAAUUAUCUAUGUAAAACUAUAGUGAAAAGAGAUUAACUGAGUAAGUCUGUAGAUGAUGUUUUGAAAACACAUUUGAUUAGAAAGGGUCUAAAUUGUACGCCUGCUAUCUGGUAAUAUAGCUGAAUUGUACCAGUAUUAUCAGAAUGAUUUUCACGAAGUUUAUGUUGGAGGAAAAAGUAGGUACCUAGGUUGUUGUUGGUUCUUGUUGGUCCUUAUUUUGACGCGUCGAGGAAUAACUUUCUGGUAGAAGGGGCGCAGUCUUUUGGCUAGAUUUCAAGCAAGUGCACGAUUCGCAACUGUUUUCCUUUAUAGGUUAAACGUACAAAAAAGAGAAGUACUUCUGCUUUACAUUGUGAUAUGGCAUUAUGGUAAGCCUCAAAAUGAAAGCAUUAAUUUUGACCCCUGUGGUCACCUUUAAAAGGAGUAGACAUUACAGCCUACCCCUAACCCUUCUUAAAAUCAUGAGCAUUUCUUCCUUAUUUCCAACACAUGCCAUACACUCGCCUGUGUACUUUUAUGUAAUAUUACACCAGGUUUUCAUACAAAUCAACCCUUAGGCUGCAAAGUCCUGCGAAGCAAAGUGUCUGUCAACCACUAAGUUUCAAAAGAAAAGGCAGGUCAUAAACACUUACUGUCCGUUUUGCUGUAGAAAACACCUGAUUCGUACAAAUCUGCCUCCAGAAAUAAUGACUCACAAAAUUUAUGGAUCUAGGUGUAGCCAAAUACUCGCAACACCUAUUUAUAGCUACAUGCAUGUACACAUCGAUUUCUUUUAGAAUAAACUUUCAAUAAUUAAAACAUUAACAUUAAUGCACUUUGAACAAAGCUACCCUAAAUAUUUAAGAAAUCGACUGGAGCCAUAAUUCGAAACUGCUCCCCUGUCACCUUAAGUUUUUUAUGUCAUUUUUAAAUGUUCAAUAUGUUAUAUUUUACAGAUUUGUUCUAUUUCCAAUGUAAUAAAA